UGCGUCACUCGGUGGUGGCGAUGGUGCGUAUGUGUGGGGGCGGGGUAUACGCUGGGCGCGUCCCUAGGAUCACGUGGUGCGCAGCACGCAGAGUCCUUCUGUCGGUUGGUCCUGAAGCGGCGCAGCCGGAGCGGGGCUGUGAGGAGAACAAAGGCAGCCCCGUUGAUGACUGAAAAUGACAAAGCAUCCACCUAACAGACGAGGAAUCAGCUUUGAAGUGGGAGCCCAGUUGGAAGCCCGGGACCGAUUAAAAAACUGGUAUCCAGCUCACAUAGAAGAUAUUGACUACGAAGAAGGAAAAGUACUUAUCCAUUUCAAGCGUUGGAACCAUCGUUAUGAUGAGUGGUUCUGCUGGGACAGUCCUUAUUUACGCCCUUUAGAGAAAAUACAGCUGAGAAAAGAAGGCUUACAUGAAGAGGAAGGAUGUUCUGAAUUUCAAAUAAAUGAGCAAGUCCUUGCUUGCUGGUCUGAUUGUCGUUUUUAUCCAGCCAAAGUCACCGCUGUUAACAAGGAUGGUACUUACACUGUGAAAUUUUAUGAUGGAGUAGUUCAGACUGUCAAACAUAUUCAUGUCAAAGCUUUUUCCAAAGAUCAGAAUAUUGUGGGUAACGCUAGGCCUAAAGAAACAGAUCACAAAAGUCUUUCAUCAUCUGAUAAACGACAGAAGUUUAAAGAGAAGAGAAAAGUCACAGUCAACCUGAAGAAAGACAAAGAAGACAAAGCCUUAAAGACAGAAAAGCGAACCAAGCAUCCUGAUAAAGAAGGAAAAUUAAUCUGUUCUGAAAAGGGAAAGGUGUCAGAGAAAAGCCUUCCCAAGAACGAGAAGGAAGAUAAGGAGAACAUUUCAGAAAAUGACAGAGAGUACUCUGGAGAUGCUCAAGUGGAUAAGAAACCUGAAAAUGACAUUGUGAAGAGUCAACAAGAAAACUUGAGGGAGCCAAAAAGAAAACGAGGCAGACCCCCUUCCAUAGCUCCUACUGCUGUGGAUUCAAACUCUCAAACUUUGCAACCAAUAACAUUGGAAUUGAGAAGACGAAAAAUAUCAAAAGGAAGUGAAGUUCCAUUAAAACGCCCUCGGCUUGACAAAAAUUCAUCCCAGGAAAAGUCAAAAACCUACCCAGCAAACACUGACAAAGACUUAUCAAGGAGACGGUCCUCUAGGCUGUCUACAAAUGGGACCCAUGAGAUCUUAGAUCCUGACUUGGUUGUAUCGGAUAUGGUUGAUGCAGUUAAUACUGAUUCUUUGCAAAACACAUCACCCAGUUCCAAAGAGUCUGAAGAAGGUCAGUUGAAAUCUCCUUUGGAAGCUGGCCAGAUCUCAUCUGCACUAACUUGCCACUCCCUGGGAGAUGGAUUGGGGGUUACAGACUUGGAGUUGAACUGCAAGUCAAUGGGAGAAAACGCUAUGAAAACAGAACCGGCUUCUCCUCUUGCUGAGUUUCAAGAGAUUUCUGCUGUGGCAGUAACAAAUACUUUUAAGAAAACAGUUGAUACUGUGACAUCUAAAGCACCAGCUGUCGACCUAGACCACAAAUUUAGGUGCAAGGUUGUGGAUUGUUUAAAAUUUUUCCGCAAAGCCAAGCUGUUGCACUAUCACAUGAAGUAUUUCCAUGGAAUGGAGAAGUCUCCAGAGCCAGAGGAGAGUCUGGGAAAGAGGCAUGUCCAAACAAGGGGUUCUUCAGCUUCAGACAGGGUCAGCCAGGAGAGCCUGACCAGGAAGCGAGUCUCUGCCAGCUCCCCAACUGCAAAAGACAAGGAAAAGAAUAAAGAGAAGAAAUUCAAAGAGUUUGUGAGAAUGAAGCCAAAGAAGAAAAAGAAAAAGAAGAAGAAAACCAAACCUGAAUGCCCCUGCAGUGAGGAGAUCAGUGACACCUGCCAGGAACCUUCUCCACCCAAGGCAUUUGCUGUCACCAGGUGUGGGUCCUCACACAAGCCUGGGGUCCAUAUGAGCCCACAGCUCCAUGGCUCAGAAUCUGGAAACAACAAAGGGAAAGUGAUGAAAGUACCUGAGGAGGAUAAUCUGAGUGAGUCUUCUUCUGAGAGCUUUCUUUGGAGCGAUGAGGAGUAUGGGCAAGACGUUGAUGUGACGACCAACCCAGAUGAGGAACUCGAUGGGGAUGACCGCUAUGAUUUUGAAGUGGUCCGCUGCAUCUGUGAGGUUCAGGAGGAAAAUGACUUUAUGAUUCAGUGUGAAGAGUGCCAGUGCUGGCAGCAUGGAGUCUGCAUGGGAUUACUAGAAGAAAAUGUGCCUGAGAAAUACACCUGCUAUGUUUGCCAAGACCCUCCAGGUCAGAGGCCUGGCUUAAAGUACUGGUAUGACAAGGAGUGGUUGACUAGGGGACAUAUGCAUGGCCUGGCAUUUUUAGAAGAUAACUAUUCUCACCAGAAUUCUAAGAAGAUUGUGGCCACCCACCAGCUUCUUGGGGAUGUGCAGAGAGUGAUCGAAGUUCUGCAUGGCCUGCAGCUCAAGAUGAGCAUCUUGCAAAGCAGGGAGCAUCCUGAUCUGCAGCUGUGGUGUCAGCCUUGGAAACAGCACUCAGGGGAUGGGAGAUCUCAUUCCAGACACAUCCAAGUUGCUGAAGCCAAGAGCAAGGAGGAAGCCCCAAGCUAUAGAACUUUGAACGGGGCAGUGGAGACCCCCCUGCCCCUGCCUCGGUCUGUGGAGGAGUCAUACAUCACCAGUGAGCACUGUUACCAGAAGCCCCGCGCCUACUACCCUGCUGUGGAGCAGAAGCUGGUGGUGGAGACGCGGGGCUCUGCCCUUGAUGCAGUCAACCCCCUCCAUGAGAAUGGUGAUGAUUCCCUCUCCCCACGCCUGGGCUGGCCUCUAGACCAAGACAGGAGCAGGGGGGACAGUGACCUCAAACCCAGCUCUCCAAAGGUGAGGGAAUAUGUUUCCAAAAAGGUCCUACCAGAGGAAACCCCUGCCCAAAAGCUGCUGGACAGAGGUGGAGAGGGGCUCCUGAACUCCCAGCACCAGUGGCAGUUUAACCUGCUGACCCACGUGGAAUCUCUUCAAGACGAAGUCACGCAUAGGAUGGAUUCCAUUGAGAAGGAGCUGGAUGUGUUGGAGAGCUGGCUGGACUGUACUGGGGAACUGGAGCCCCCGCAGCCCCUGGCCAGGCUUCCACAGCUCAAGCAUUGCAUUAAGCAGCUGCUGACGGACUUGGGCAAGGUGCAGCAGAUCUCGCUCUGCUGCUCAACAUGAAACAGGGCACCCAAAACUAAUGGGGGCACAGUACAGGGGCCCCUGUAGAAGGAACUUCGCAUUUUUAAAAUAAAUAAACCUAGCAUGCCGAAUGCAUGUGACACCGACUGACUUCAGGGAUCUGGGCAGACGGGGUGUGAUGGACAUUGGACAAAGAGGCCAUUUUGGCUGCUGGAGGGCAGGGCACUCUGAUCUCAGAGCUUACCAAGAAGGUAGCAAACAGACUCUUAGGAUUCCCUUCUUCUGUGCACAUCAUUGGAUGGAGAGUGAGUCUUUUGCACAAACUUCACUUGAAAUCGUGCCACUGAUGAUAAAUGGAAUGAGAGCCAAAAAAGUUUCGUCGAAAACUGUUGUAGAUUCAACUUGCAGCUUAUUUAAUUGACUUUUCGGUCAGGUUGGGGCACAUGCCAAGCCUGUGGUUUCUGCCUGGCAUGGAUUUAGGCAGCAGGUAUCAUUUUCAUUUUUCCAGCUUCAUGGGAAUGUCGUGACUUCACCAUUCUGUGGAGAUUGGGAACAGCAGAGGCCUUGGCUGCUCUGCCUUCUCUGUCGGACUCUUCACUUUUCUCUUCACAUCUCGUGCAUGACUUCAUGGUACCGGGGACAAGUUUUGUAAGCUGUCACCCCAGAGUUGGCUGGGUUGUGUCUUUUAUGGCAGAGCCCAUACAGCCUGUGGAGGAACUAGAAUCUCACUGUUCUAAGAAGCGAGGAGGAAUUCCAAACUGAAGCAGGCGGGGUCUGGAACCCAAAGGACAGCAUUUUCUACCCACUUCUUCAUAUUGACAGCUUCCCAGUUCUAUUUAAUGUCCAAAAAGCGUUCCCCAAAUUUUGAACUCUUUCACUGUAAAGAUUUGUUACAAAGAAUGUGGUUUGGGGAAUUACCUUAUUUUAUAUUGCUGUAAACAAACUUUAGAUUCUACAUAUGCCGCUUUCCUCCUUCCCUGAAGGGUGUAUGUUUAAUAGUGGCAUUUUCAAAAUUGUUUUAUUGUAUUAUACUUUAACACUUUAAAUUUCCAGUUUGUAUUAUUUUGUGAAAUUAAGGUGAUUAUGCUGCUUAAUGUCCAGAUACAAUUUGUACCUUUUGAGACAAUAUUUGUUACUCUCACAGGUUACGGUUCUACAUGUAAUUGCUAUAUUGUUGUUUUUUCCUUACUAGACAAAGUUAAAGAAAAUGUUCCAUGUUUUGAGGGGUGACCUGUUUCACUGUUGAGUUUUCUUAAUCACUAAAA